AUGGCGGACUCACCCUCCACUGCUGGGCCUCCAGCGGGAGAGACGUCGGCGCAAGAAAAAGCAAGACUGCGCCGUGAGAGGCGUGCCGCCAAAAUCCAGGCUGGAGGGGCUUCCCGCUUGCAGGCAAUCACAUCCCUCCAAGGAGGCUCGCACCGCGAUGUGGAGAAGGACAUUCCAUCGAGGCCAACGCCCAGUCCUUCUCCUGCACCUGCGGUAUCAGCGUCCCACGCGGAUCCUGACGAGGUUGACAUCUCCACCCAUCAUUAUACUCCUGUCACACAACCGCGUCUCCCGUCACCCUUCUCGUACGGCGCCUCUCCCUCACCGUCCGCGGCAGUUGAAGCCACCCGGGACCCGUCACAAGACCCGAUGGUGGCCAUGUUGCAGCAAAUGCUAGGCACCGGAGAAGGCCCAAUUCCCGGUGCCCCGGGACAGGGCGACCGGCUCCCUCCAGGACUAGCGAAUAUGUUCAGCGCAAUGCAAGGAGGCGUAGAUUCGGAACCGUCACUCGACCAGUCCUCCGCCUGGCUAUGGCGCCUUAUCCACUCCAUCUUCUCUCUCGGACUAGCCAUCUACAUUGUGCUGCAGACACCCUUCACAGGUUCGAAACUCUCACGCUCAGCUUCCCACGAAGGCUCCGACUGGACGGUGGAAUCAGCGCCACCUGAGGCUUUCAAGCACUUCUUCUACCUAUUUGCUACAUUCGAAGUGGUACUGCAAUCCUCACGAUACUUCAUCGAAAAAGGGCAGUUGCAGGGAAGCGGAAUACUGAGCAGUAUUUCCCAGAUGCUCCCAGAACCAUAUGCGGGCUACGUCAGGGUCGUUGGGCGUUAUAGUGUGAUAUACAGCACUGUUGUAAGUGACGCUAUGGUGGUCGUGUUUGUGCUGGGAGCGGCCAGUUGGUGGAAUGGUGGUGCGACUGCAUGA